GCGGGGCGGCGGGCGUGGCCUGGACGCGCGCGGCGGGCGCGGCCCCGAGCGGGAGCAGAAGGAGGGGCACCGGGGUGACGCCGUGGGAGCCGCUGCCAGCGCCGGGGCGACAGUCGGCAGCCGGGCCGAGGAGCAGGUGGGCCGGAGGCCGAGUCAGCCGCGCGGGCCCUCCGAGCAAGCCCAGGCCGAGCGGCGGCGUCUGGCUGCGGGCGGCGCCGCCAAGCCCCAGCGGGGACGAUGUUCAGCGUGGAGUCGGUGGAGCGGGUGGAGCUGUGCGAGAGCCUCCUCACUUGGAUCCAGACAUUUAACGUGGAUGCACCAUGCCAGACUGUGGAAGAUUUAACGAAUGGGGUUGUGAUGGCCCAGGUUCUUCAAAAGAUAGAUCCUGCAUAUUUUGAUGAAAAUUGGCUAAACAGAAUCAAAACCGAAGUAGGAGAUAAUUGGAGGCUAAAGAUAAGCAACUUAAAGAAAAUUUUAAAAGGAAUCUUGGAUUAUAAUCAUGAGAUUUUAGGACAGCAAAUUAAUGACUUUACCCUUCCUGAUGUGAACCUCAUUGGGGAGCAUUCUGACGCAGCAGAGCUUGGAAGGAUGCUUCAGCUCAUUUUAGGCUGUGCUGUGAACUGUGAACAGAAGCAAGAGUACAUCCAAGCCAUUAUGAUGAUGGAAGAAUCUGUUCAACAUGUUGUCAUGACAGCCAUUCAAGAGCUAAUGAGUAAAGAGUCUCCCGUUUCUGCUGGAAAUGAUGCCUAUGUUGACCUUGAUCGCCAGUUGAAGAAAACUACAGAGGAACUAAAUGAAGCUUUGUCAGCAAAGGAGGAAAUUGCUCAAAGAUGCCAUGAAUUGGAUAUGCAGGUGGCAGCAUUGCAGGAGGAGAAAAGUAGUUUGUUGGCAGAGAAUCAGAUAUUGAUGGAAAGACUCAAUCAAUCUGAUUCUAUAGAAGAUCCUAACAGUCCAGCAGGAAGAAGGCAUUUGCAGCUCCAGACUCAAUUGGAACAGCUCCAAGAAGAAACAUUCAGACUAGAAGCUGCCAAAGAUGAUUAUCGAAUACGCUGUGAAGAGUUAGAAAAGGAAAUCUCCGAACUUCGGCAACAGAAUGAUGAACUAACCGCCUUGGCCGAUGAAGCUCAGUCUCUAAAAGACGAGAUAGACGUGCUCAGACAUUCUUCUGAUAAAGUGUCUAAACUGGAAGGUCAAGUGGAAUCUUACAAAAAGAAGCUAGAAGACCUUGGUGAUUUGAGGCGGCAGGUUAAACUCUUAGAAGAGAAGAAUACUAUGUACAUGCAGAACACUGUCAGUCUGGAGGAAGAGUUAAGAAAGGCCAAUGCAGCUCGAAGCCAACUUGAGACCUAUAAGAGACAGGUAGUAGAACUGCAAAAUAGAUUAUCUGAAGAAUCAAAGAAAGCAGAUAAAUUAGAUUUUGAAUAUAAGCGGCUAAAAGAAAAAGUUGACAGUCUUCAAAAAGAAAAGGAUAGGUUAAGAACAGAAAGGGAUUCUCUGAAGGAAACCAUUGAAGAGCUUCGUUGUGUACAGGCUCAAGAAGGGCAGCUCACAACUCAAGGGUUAAUACCUCUGGGAAGUCAGGAGUCUUCAGACAGUCUGGCAGCAGAGAUUACUACACCUGAAAUCAGGGAGAAACUUAUUCGUCUUCAGCAUGAGAACAGGAUGUUAAAAAUUAACCAAGAGGGUUCAGACAAUGAAAAAAUUGCCUUAUUGCAGAGCCUUCUAGAUGAUGCAAAUCUACGCAAGAAUGAACUGGAGACGGAAAAUAGGCUGGUGAAUCAAAGACUUCUGGAAGCACAGUCACAAGUUGAGGAACUGCAAAAGUCUUUACAGGAUCAAGGCUCGAAAGCAGAAGAUUCAGUUCUUCUAAAAAAGAAGCUUGAAGAACAUCUAGAGAAGCUGCACGAAGCCAAUAAUGAACUGCAGAAGAAGAGAGCCAUCAUCGAAGACCUUGAGCCAAGAUUUAACAACAGCUCCUUAAAAAUCGAAGAACUACAAGAAGCUUUACGGAAGAAAGAAGAAGAAAUGAAACAAAUGGAAGAACGAUAUAAAAAGUACUUAGAGAAAGCCAAAAGUGUUAUCCGUACUUUAGAUCCUAAACAGAAUCAAGGAGCAGCACCAGAAAUACAAGCUCUUAAAAAUCAACUCCAGGAACGGGACCGACUGUUCCACUCAUUAGAGAAAGAAUACGAGAAAACGAAGAGUCAGAGAGAGAUGGAGGAGAAAUACAUUGUUAGUGCCUGGUACAAUAUGGGAAUGACUUUGCAUAAAAAGGCAGCUGAAGACAGACUGGCUAGCACAGGCUCCGGGCAGUCAUUUCUGGCUAGGCAGCGGCAAGCAACGAGCUCACGGAGAUCUUACCCUGGCCACGUUCAGCCCGCCACAGCAAGGUAGAGAAGUCUUGCCAUUAGAAACAAAAACCAACCUGCAUUGAAAACAUACUUCUGUUACAUAUAACAAUGUUUCAGGAAAUUCAGCCAGCUUAUUUUUUGUUUCUCUUCUCUGUUAACAUAGAGUGUUUCUCAUUUGAAGACUUUUUCUCUUUCCUGUAUCUUUGUUUUAGAGUCUUUGUCCUUUAAUUUGUAAUCCUUUCAGUUCCUUUUAAUGUGCCAAAAAUUUAUACAUGUUCAAUUAAAAAUGUUGUAUAAUAGUGUAAUACUUUUCUUUGUAUGAAAAUGUCCUCUUCCCCAAAGGUGUAGGCUUUGUAAUGAAUUAGAUUUUCUGCCAAUAAUUGAUACACAAUUUAUAUUCCUUAUUGUGCCUAUGUGUUAUCAUGCUUUAUAAGAAUGUCUUUGUUUAAAGGGAAUUAAUCUUUUUAUGAUGUAUUAAUCUGUUUUCAAUUGUUUUCCAAAUACACUUCAAAUAACUUGCAUAUUUACUAUACAAAGUGGUUGACAAGUGUUCUUUUUGCAAAGACGUAAAUACAUUGGCAGAGGUGCUAAUCUGAUAUUAUUUAAGGCACCUGGUAGAAUUAUUUAGAGAAAAAAAUGAACUUUCACAUUAUUUUAUAGGAAAUUAAAUUUGUCCAUAGAUUUGGAGACUAUUUUUAAAACAUAAAUAUGUAAAAUUUCAUUA